UUGAAAGUAGGCGGUUAUGCGGCCGGUUGUCGCUUGUCGGUAGUUUCGUUUUUUAAAACGUAACAAAUUUUUUGAAAAAUAUUUAAAAUCGAGUUUAGAAAUUAUAUGUGUAAAACGAAAAGUGAGUUAUAAAUGCACACACACUCACAUUUGUAUAUGUGUGAUUCAGCGUGAACCGGCCGAAUUUUAAGGUUGAAAACUUCCAAAAAAAAUACAUACAUACAUAUAUACGCACACGGCAACAACAAAGUGCACAGCUUAGCGCGAAAAGCAAUCUGCAGAAUAAACUACCUGUUGAGCGAAGCGGCUCCGCUGUCUGCGUUGACGCUGCUUCUGCUGCGAGUGAAGGUUAAACGAGUAGAGUGGGAGUCGAGUCCCUUUCGAUCUCUCUCUCUCUCUCACUCUGUCUCACUCACGCUGGUAAUAUUCUAUUGCCAGGUGCAACACGUGCAACAACAUCAACAAAACACAACACACAAAAUGAGGCUUCCUCGAAAAGUAAAACUGGAGUUCUCGUUUGACUCCGUUUUACGAACAAUUCCAUUAUUGUUCCUCAUCCUGCUACUCGCCGCCGUCUCCACAAUCGAUGGCUUCAAUUUGGAGCAACGUUUGCCACUUGUCAAAUACGGAAAUGCCAAUGCAUAUUUCGGUUAUUCCGUGGCCACACAUGUCAUAGGCGAUCCCAAGAAUAAUACGAAAUGCCUUCUGGUGGGAGCUCCAUUGGAUCAGAAUUUGCAACCAAAUACCACAAGAUCGGGUGCCCUUUGGCGAUGUCCAAUUACCCAAAGGACUGACGAUUGCGAACAGGUUAUCACAGAUGGACGACGAUCCGAAGGAGGAUCUUAUGAAGUUAAUAAGACCUACGAUAGUGAAAUUCUAUCGCCACCAUCAAGUGAUGAGAUCAAAGAAGAACAAUGGAUGGGUGUAACUGUUCGUUCUCAGAAUUAUGGCAAGGUUGUUGUUUGUGCCCAUCGAUAUAUUAAUACCCAGUUCGAGAAUCGUUAUGGCCAAGGAUUGUGUUAUGUUCUAACCAAUGAUCUGGAAUACGAUGAGGUAUAUGAACCAUGCAGAGGACGCUCAGUAGCAAGGGAACAUGAGGACUAUGCCUUGUGCCAGGUGGGCACUUCCAGUGCCAUUCUGGAGGAUGAGACCAUGGUAUUGGGCACACCGGGUCCCUUCACCUGGCGUGGCACCAUUUUUGUGACCAAAAUCGGUGGCAGUUUCCUUGAGCGUGACAAGUAUAUGUAUCAUACGGAGCAUUCGGAAGCCCGUUCGCCAGUGGAUAAAUAUAGCUAUCUGGGCAUGUCGGUGACCGGUGGCCAUUAUUAUGAUGAUAAUAUGGCCUACGCUGCGGGUGCACCACGCUCUCAGGGCCAUGGGCAAGUGGUGAUAUUCCAGAAUCAAUCGAGAGCCAAUCCCAUACCAUUGGCCCAGAUCAUCGAUGGCGAACAGUUUGGCUCCAGUUUUGGCUAUGAAAUAGCCACUGCGGAUAUAAAUGGUGAUCGUAAGCCCGAUUUGAUAGUCGGCGCUCCCCUUUACUUUUCGAAAACCGAGGGCGGAGCUGUCUAUAUAUACCAGAAUGAGAACGACAUGCUGCCAAAGCGGGCCACAUUGAAGCUAACAGGAGCACCAGAGAGUCGCUUUGGCUUGGCACUGGCCAACAUUGGCGAUUUGAAUAAGGACAACUGCGAGGACAUUGCCGUGGGUGCACCCUAUGAGGGAGAUGGCGUGGUCUACAUCUAUCUGGGAUCACCGAAAGGCCUCAUUGCUGAGCCUGCUCAGAAAAUUCAAGCCUCCGAAUUGGGCGGACGUGGCAUGUCGCGGCCCAUCAAGACUUUCGGCAUCAGCAUAACGGGCAAAACUGAUCUCGAUGACAACUCCUAUCCGGAUGUGGUGAUUGGUGCCUACAACUCAUCGGCAGCUGUGGUCCUUCUGGCCCGUCCAAUUAUCAGUAUUCGCACAACACACGGCGUCAACGAAACCCGCAACAUUGAUCCCAAUCGGGCGGGUUGUCGGGCCGAUGUCGGAUCGAAUCUCACCUGUUUCAGUUUCGAGGCGUGCUGCAGCAUCGAUCCCUACGAUGGCCAGAACAAGGAGCUCAGUCUUCUUUAUAGCGUCGAGGCGGAGACAUUCGAUCAUCAAAAGAAAUUCUCACGGGUCUUCUUCGAUCGAGAUAACAAGCGCAGCAAUGUGGUGAGUCGUGUGGUUAAGGUGCGAACCGAUGGUAGAACCAGCUGUCAAAUGGUCACCGGCUACAUCAAGGCCAAUACACGGGAUAUACAGACACCGAUUGGAUUCCGCCUCAAGUAUACACUGGUGGAGGACGAAUUGGCCGAAUCGGCGUUGAUACGACUCAAUCCCAUAUUGGAUCAGACGCGGGCACAAAUCGACUUCGAGGGCACAUUCCAAAAGGACUGUGGCGACGAUGAUCUAUGCGAAAGUGAUCUGGUCAUCAGGGCAGAGCCAAAUAUAACUCGUUCAGUUGACGGAUAUACCUGGACAAUGGAUGAAACAGAACUGGAGGUUAGGAUCAAUGUUACCAAUCUGGCAGAUUCAGCAUAUGAGGCGCAACUAUUUAUAGAGCAUCAGGCUAGUGUGUCCUAUGUGGCCACCAAGAAACCGACAAAUGCCACUUGCAAUAGCUUCAAUACCACUUUGGUGGCUUGCAGUUUGGGUAAUCCCAUGCUGCGUGGCAGCUCCACAUUUGUCACCAUUCGUUUUCAACCCAAGGGCCUAGAGCCCAAGGAAAAAACCAUGAACUUUCACAUCUUUGCGAAUACCACAUCAAAACUGGUGGGCAAAGAGUUGCCCGAUCAAAAUCUCAUCGUGCAUGUCGUACGGCGCGCUAAAUUGCAUUUCCGGGGCUGGGCCAUACCCGAGCAGAGUUUCUAUAGUGGAGCAGAGAAGCUGACUGAUUCGCCCAUGGAAAUGUCAGAUGUGGGAUCACCAUUGAUCCAUAGUUUCAGCAUAUUCAAUGAAGGACCAUCGACAGCGCCGAAAGUGCUCAUGGUCAUCCAUUGGCCCCUAUCGCUCUACAACGAUCCCGAUGAAGCGCUGAAAGAUCGGUACCUUCUAUAUAUAGAGCAGCGGCCCAAUGUGGAAAUCGGGCAGGGCGAAUGUACCGUGGCAUCGGAGUAUGUGAAUCCCUUAAAGUUGGCCAACAAGCCGCAACAGGAUUCGGCGUAUUUAGGGGCACCCGCGUCCAUGAUGAUGCGUCCAUCGCUGCAAAUGCAGCACUUCAAUCGCAGUCAGAGUCAUCAUCAGCAUCAUUCGAAUUCGUUGAGUCGAAUGCCACGUAAUGCCAUCGAAAGGGUGGCCCGACUGGAGCGCCUUCUCGAUGGACGGGAAGGCAGCAGCAGUGGAGGAGGCGGUAAAGGCAAAAAACAGGACAUCAUUGAGCUGGACUGCAACAAGGGUACAGCCAAGUGCAUUCGAAUUGAGUGUGAAAUCUACAACAUGGCGGCACGAUCAGAGGCUCAGGUGCUAGUCAAGGCACGUCUAUGGAAUUCCACAUUGGUCACUGAGUAUCCAAGAGUGGAUCGAGUGCGCAUCAUAUCGACAGCCCAUGUCAAAAUACCCGAAGAUUUCGGUGUCGAGGAGAUGGAAAACAAUGAUAUAGAGGUCGAGACUCGAGCGUAUCCCGAGCUUCUCAAUCAACAGCUCGAUACCUCACUGCCCAUGUGGAUGAUUAUCCUUGCCGUUGUUGGUGGCCUUGUUCUAUUGGCCCUGUUCACGUAUGCGAUGUGGAGAUGCGGCUUCUUUAAACGGCGAAGACCCACAGAUCCCACGCUCAGUGGUAAUCUGGAGAAAAUGAACGAGGAGAAGCCGUUUUUGGGUGCCAAAAAUACGCAUAGUGUUUUCUAACAAGAGGGCACUGUCGGCUGGGAUUUAGCACGACAAAUCGCAGCCAAAAAGAAACGCCACAAGCUGAAGAUUCUGUUGCUACCUGCGGGCCAUGGUCAUAGACGGGUGGGCGAAUGGCGGCGUCAUCACAAUUCCACCAGCAGCAGCAUCAAUAUCAACAACAACAACAACAAGAGCAAAGGCAAGGACAAGGGAAAUGGGAAUGAGAGGGGGGAUACCUUUGAUGAUGUGAAACGUUUAACGCCGCCACCGCCGCCAUUGAGCUUUCUCAAUUGGGGCAACGAUGGCUACUAUCAGGCAAGUGCCAACUGGUGGGGACACAUGUGAAUUCAGUUUCCUACUCCUGGUUGUGGGACUUUCAAUGUGCCAUUUCGUUUACUUAAUGCAACAAGUUAUUAAGUUUAGUUAACUUGAUUAAGGGAGACUUUGAAUGACUAUUAUUAUUGAAUUCUUUUUUUUUGUAAUUUUGUGUGUGAGUUACUUUUUUUUUUUUUGAA